AAAGAUACCAAACGGUCUACAAAAACCUCUCCAAAUCAUAUUCUGCUUCCUCUUCGUCAACGUCGCCCUCCGUCCUGCUAUUCAAACUAGCCGUUGAAACUCAAUCAACAUUCUCUAAUCUUCAAUCUCAGCCGUUAAUUAAGAAGUAAAGAAACCUCCUAGAAACAAUGAUUCAGUUACUAUUCACAUUGAUAUUUGCCGAGAUGUCAGUAAUCGUGAUGUUCGUGUUCAAGACACCAUUAAGGAAGCUAGUGAUAAUGGGCCUGGACCGGAUCAAGAGAGGUCGCGGCCCGAUAAUAGUGAAAACAGUUGCUGCUACUCUAUUCGUUGUUAUGCUGUCCACUAUAUACAGUGUUGUGUCGUGGGUUGAUGAAGCUGGUGAUAUUACUCCAACUGAUCAGAUUCUAUUGGCUCAACAUCUUCUAGAAGCUUCUCUUAUGGGGUUCUCCCUCUUUCUUGCCUUUAUGAUUGAUAGACUACACCAUUAUAUAAGAGAACUUAGUAUGAGGAGGAAGGCCAUGGAAGCUGUGAAAAAGCAAAAUAGAGCCUUUGAGGAUGGAAAAAGUGGAGCUUCAGAGGAGAUCAAAACUUUGGAGGGAGAGGCAAGUGCAUUGCAUGGAAAAAUUAAGCAGCUGGAGUCUGAACUGGAGGAAAAGGCCAAAGAAGCAAGCAGUGCUGAAGCCAACGCAGGUGCUCUAAAAAAGCAGUCAGAAGGAUUUCUUCUUGAAUAUGACCGCUUACUCGAGGAAAACCAAAAUCUUCGUUCUCAAUUGCAAUCACUGGAUCGUACAUUGUCACAUUCUGAUAGCAAGAAGGUUUCAUAAUGAACCAUGCCCUAGCCCUGUGAACACCUGCAAUUUCUGUUAUGAUUUUGUUAAUACCUUGGUAUCGUCCCUGCUCAAAAGCUGGAUGGCAAAGUGUAACAAUGCAGAGCUCCGAGAGUGUUUGUCAUUUUACUCUUAUCAUAGUCUUAUGUCCUAAAGAAUUCUGUUGUGCAAUGGGGGUUAACAUAUAUGAAUACUAGAAUUUUUGUCUCCUUUCAA